AGUGUCAAAGUCAAAAAGUCGAAAAUUUUGCACUGUUCAACGUGUCGCUGUAAUACCGAAAUAAUUAAUUAAAAAUGUAAAACAUACGACUUUUAAGUGUAUAAUCGUUUUAUAUUUUUUAACAAUAGGUAAAUCUACUUCCUGUGGUAAAAAGGAGUGGUAGCUUUAUAUUUAGAAGCUAGCUUGGUACCAAUCAUAUAAGAAUGAUUGAGCUACCUCGAAUUACGAGAGCCCUAAGGGCACACACUCAACUAGACAAGCCCCGGUGUUUGAAGCCCGUCGCCGGCACCAAGCCUGUUUUGGUGAAGCCCAAGAAUUUACCAAGAUUCAAAUCCUUCACCGACAUACACAAUUACAUAAAGCAAAACGAACCAGAUCCGAAUGAGAAGUUAAAAACCUUAGGCCUCCUGAAAGAUGCAUGCAAGCAGCUGACCGGUGACCAGCCAGAUGAGAUCAUCGAAGAUGCAACGGUCAUGGCGUUACGAAUGUUCCUUGAACAAGACAUUGUUAUGUUGAAACACCUCAAUCAGCUACGGCAAACGUUUGGAACCGUUACGUCUGUUGUUGCUAAUAAGAUUUGUCAGAUUGUGACAAGCCUGUCCAAUGACCUAUCAGAUGAAACAAAGGGAUACAUAAAGAAAGAAAUAGAUGAUUCAGAAAAAGAAAACGUAACACUAUGGGGGGAGAACAUUCAAUGCAACUACAUACCGUACCAGAGGACGAAGAAGCCCCUAGCUAAGCUGACGUCUAAGCCAGCGAUAGAUAGUGCGUUUGUCACCGAUUUUUCCAUGAAAUAUACACAGAAAAAGGACACUGGUCCUACAGAAAAAACGUCAAAACCUGCUGUAGCAUCCAAGUACAACAAGACCUGGCUGGAAACAAAAGUGAAUGAACUUUACGUGGACAGCAAUAUCUCAAGCGCUGACAUCCUCCAGUCCAUAAUAACCUUCCUGAACUCGCCUAGAAGUAAUGAUGACAUGCAAAACGACAUGUUUGAACUUCUAGGCUUCGACAAGUUCGAGUUCAUACAAGAGAUACUAAGUCAUAGACAGGAUAUCAUUGAUAGUCUGAUGGCACCGAUACAGCCUACCAUUUCUGAAAUUGCUGCCAUGCUUCCCGAGAACAAAAUGCCCCAGUACCUUUGCCAAGUCUCCGUCCUCUCAGAACAGGAGAAGAUACUGGCCAAGCUGGUGAGGAAAGAAGAGAAGAAAGCUAAAAACAAAAAGAACGACGAUGGGGAAGAUGAGCAAGAGUUUAAUAUCGCACAGAUGAGGGCUAAGAGGAUAGCCGAACUCUCAAAACCCGUCGUACCAUUUUCUACGUCAAAAUCUGCCAGCAACAUAGAUCCAAUAUUGCAGAAGAUAUCGUACUUCCAGACUAAAGUGCAAUAUCCAAACGUCUACGACUCUUCUAUCAAUGCCAAGAACUCUGCUGGAUUUGUAUCAGGCAUGAAACUAAUACUGCCUGACAACGCCGUCAGAAAAGAUAACAAGGAAUACGAAGAAGUCAUCAUACCUAAGAACGAACCAGCGCCACUCGAAGUUGGUAACAAAAGAGUGCCAAUAUCUGAUCUGGAUGAGAUCGGUCAAAUGGCCUUCGAAAACAUCAAAGAAUUAAACCGAAUACAGUCGGUUGUAUUCAACACCGCCUACAACACUAAUGAGAACCUGCUAAUAUGCGCGCCGACUGGCGCUGGUAAAACCAAUAUAGCGCUGUUAACUGUCGUGCAUCAGAUCAAACAGCACAUAGAGAAUAAUGUGAUUAUGAAGAACAAGUUUAAGAUAAUCUACAUAGCCCCAAUGAAAGCUCUCGCCUCAGAAAUGACUGCCAGCUUCGGCAAGCGACUCCGCGGGCUCGGCAUAGCGGUGCGAGAGCUGACUGGAGAUAUGAAACUGACCAAAACUGAAGUUCAGCAGACGCAGAUGAUCGUCACCACGCCGGAGAAGUGGGAUGUGGUUACGAGGAAGGGUGCCACCGACACAGAGCUAGCAGCCAUAGUGAAGCUGAUAAUCAUAGACGAAGUGCACCUUUUACACGGGGACAGGGGGCCGAUUGUGGAAGCGAUUGUGGCUAGGACUCUACGGCAAGUGGAGUCUACACAGAACAUGAUACGGAUAGUUGGCCUGUCUGCCACACUGCCUAACUACCUUGAUGUUGCCAGAUUCCUGCGUGUCAAUCCAAACAUCGGCCUAUUCUUCUUCGACUCGCGGUUCCGUCCAGUUCCAUUGGAACAACAGUUCAUUGGCGUCAAGGAGAGCGGCAGCGGAGGCGGCGGCCAUCUUAGACAGAUGCAAAUAAUGAACGACGUAUGCUACGACAAAGCGGUCGACAUGGUCCAAAAAGGCCACCAAGUCAUGGUUUUCGUCCACGCUCGCAACGCCACACACCAAACUGCUAUGAUCCUUAAAGAACUGGCCCAAAAGAAAGGUCAUCUAAAGCAUUUUGAGCCAGAAGAUUCUGGAGGCUUCUUGAAGGCCAAGAAAGCGAUAGGAAGCAGCCCGAAUAAGGUGCUAGCUGAAUUGUUUGCGGCUGGGUUUGCUUGCCAUCACGCUGGGAUGCUUAGGAGUGACAGGAACAUGGUGGAAAAAUACUUCUCAGAUGGCUACAUAAAAGUACUAGUUUGUACUUCAACUUUAGCUUGGGGUGUCAAUUUACCAGCUCACGCCGUCAUUAUAAGGGGUACAGAAAUCUACGACCAAAGCCACGGGACGUUCGUCGACCUCAGCAUCUUGGAUGUGCUCCAAAUCUUCGGUCGAGCCGGCCGUCCGCAGUUCGAUACGUCCGGAACUGGCAUCAUCAUCACAACUCACGACAAACUCACGCACUACCUCAAGUCGAUGACAAACCAGUUUCCCAUCGAGAGUAACUUCAUCAAUUUGUUGGCUGAUAAUUUGAACGCUGAGGUUGCUCUUGGCACGGUCACUAACAUCGACGAGGCAGUGGAAUGGCUCAGCUACACUUAUCUGUUCGUCCGGAUGAGAAUCAACCCACAAGUAUACGGCCUGACCUACAACGACGUCCAAGAGGAGCCGAUGUUAGAAACCAAGCGCCGCGAGUUCAUCACAGCAGCGGCCAUGCAGUUGGAUAAAACUCACAUGAUUCGGUACAACGAGAGGACUGGGGACUUGAAUGUCACUGAUCUGGGCCGCACCGCGAGUCACUACUACAUAACGUGCGAGACUAUGGAAGUGUUCAACUCUAUGGUUCGUAAGUCUAUGACGCAAGGUUACAUACUUGAAAUGCUCACGCGGUGCUCGGAUUUUCAGCAAUUGAAGGUCAGAAAAGAAGAGCUGACAGAGCUGUGGAGCCUCAAAGACCAGUAUUGCGAGCUGAGAAUAGAAGACGCUCCUGAAGAUAUCCACUGGAAGAUCAAUAUACUGCUGCAGACGUAUUUGUCUAGGGGACGCGUCAAUGGAUCGUCAUUGCAGUCCGAUUUGAACUAUAUUAGCCAGAACGCUGUGCGCAUAAUCCGGGCGCUAUUCGAGAUCACACUCCGCAAGAACAACGCGUACAUGGCCGGCUUAUAUCUGAAGAUGGCCAAGAUGUUAGAACUCCAGCAGUGGGACUUCUACAGUGAUAUGCGGCAGUUCAACUGCUUUACCAUUGAGACGUUGAAGCACAUUGAGUAUCCCAUGCUGAAACCAGACCAGAUCAGGGAUAUGGACUGGAAAGAAAUUGGUGACCUAAUAAGAAAUCCGAAAAACGCAAGGCAUUUGAAGAAAUGUGCAGAUGAGUUUCCGCUACUCGAAAUGGAGGCAAGUUUACAUCCUAUCACCAGGACUGUGUUGAGGAUACGACUCACCAUCACUCCCAAUUUCAAAUGGAACGACAAAUAUCACGGGAAAGCACCCGAAGCCUUCUGGAUUUGGGUGGAAGAUCCAGAUACGGACAUCAUGUACUAUCACGAGUACUUCCUCAUCACUAAGAAGCAGGUCAUCACAAGAGAGCCUCAAGAGCUGAUAAUCACGAUACCAAUCUCAGAGCCUCUCCCGCCUCAGUACUACAUCAGAGCCACGUCAGAGAGAUGGCUCGGGUCUGAGAGCGUCCUGCCUCUGACGUUCCAGCACUUGAUCUUGCCUGAGACUCAUCCGCCGCAUACAGACCUCCUAGAACUCCAGCCGCUGCCAAUAACAGCGCUGAACAACCCUCAAUUCGAGAUGCUGUACAACUUCACGCACUUCAACCCGAUACAGACGCAGAUAUUCCACUGUCUGUACCACACUGACAAUAACGUGCUGUUGGGCGCGCCCACCGGCUCCGGCAAGACUAUAGUCGCUGAGGUUGCCAUGUUUAGGGUGUUUAACCAGUACCCGGGGUGUAAGGUGGUCUAUAUUGCUCCACUAAAAGCCCUAGUCAAAGAGCGAAUAAAAGACUGGAAAGUAAGACUUGAAGAGCGACUCGGAAAGAAGGUCGUGGAACUCACAGGUGACGUAUCCCCGGACAUCCGAGCCAUACGAAACUCGCACGUGAUCGUCACAACCCCUGAGAAAUGGGACGGCAUCAGUCGAUCCUGGCAGACCCGGAAUUACGUCCGGGACGUCGCACUCAUUGUUAUUGACGAGAUACACCUGCUGGGAGAAGAUAGGGGGCCGGUGCUGGAAGUCAUAGUGUCCAGGACAAACUUCAUCGAAUCGCACACGUCGCGUCGCCUGCGCAUCAUAGGCCUGUCGACCGCGCUCGCCAACGCCAAGGAUUUGGCCAACUGGCUCAACAUCGGCGAGAUGGGGCUGUAUAACUUCCGGCCUUCGGUGCGGCCUGUGCCUUUAGAGGUGCACAUAUCGGGCCAUCCAGGCAGGCACUACUGUCCCCGCAUGAUGACGAUGAACAAGCCCACCUUCCAAGCGAUAAGGACGCAUUCGCCGUGCGCGCCCGCACUCGUCUUCGUGUCCAGUAGACGGCAGACCAGACUGACAGCCUUAGAUCUGAUAGCGUAUCUAGCCGCAGAAGACAAUCCCAAGCAAUGGCUUCAUAUGCACGAGUCGGAAAUGGAACAGAUCUUAGCCAACAUCAGGGAGUCGAAUUUGAAACUGACGCUGGCUUUUGGGAUAGGCAUUCACCAUGCCGGUCUGCAUGAGAGAGACAGGAAUACUGUGGAGGAGCUGUUUAUUAAUCAGAAGAUACAGGUUCUAAUCUGCACAGCAACACUCGCUUGGGGCGUGAACUUCCCCGCCCAUUUAGUGGUGAUCAAAGGCACGGAGUACUACGAUGGAAAACAAAAGAGAUACGUGGAUAUGCCCAUCACAGAUGUGCUGCAAAUGAUGGGCAGAGCUGGCCGACCGCAGUAUGACAACGAAGGUGUGGCCGUGGUAUUAGUCCACGACCAGAAGAAGAACUUCUACAAGAAGUUCUUGUACGAGCCCUUUCCGGUCGAGUCCAGUCUGCUUGAGGUGUUAGCCGACCAUUUGAAUGCUGAGAUUGUAGCAGGCACCGUCCAGACCAAACAAGACAUCCUAGACUACCUAACCUGGACGUACUUCUUCCGGCGACUGCUAAAGAACCCGUCUUACUACAACCUGGAGAGCUUAGACCCGCGUGACGUCAACUACUACCUGUCUGGACUUGUCCAGACUUCCUUGGAUGCUCUGAGCAACGCCAACUGCGUGGAGAUUGAGGAGGACCAAAGAACAGUCCACAGCACGUGGAUGGGUCGCAUCGCGUCCUACUACUACUUAUCCCAUAAAACAAUGGCACACUUCGCAGCGAACUUGCAAGGCCACCUCAAUGGAGACUCCUUGUUGAGGGUCUUGGCCGAUGCGGAAGAAUACGCCACGCUGCCUGUGAGGCAUAAUGAGGAUCUGCUUAAUGGCGAGCUAUCCCAACAAUGCCGUCUCCCAGUGGACGCGUUAUCGCUAGACUCGUCCAACGUGAAGGCAUUCCUAUUACUGCAAGCGCAUAUGACGCGCCUGCCGCUGCCUAACACCGACUACUUGACUGAUACCAAGUCGGUGCUCGACCAGACUAUAAGGAUAUUACAGGCCAUGAUAGACACAUCAGCAGAAAACGGCUGGCUGUCCGUCUGUCUAUCCUGCCAGAUGAUCAUGCAGAGUAUAGUCCAAGCGCGUUGGCCUCACGACUCUCCUCUAACGACCCUCCCAUACGUGGAACCACAACACUUAUACAUGUUCUCGCAAAUGGCCAGAGACAGUAACAAACCGUGCACUAUGCUGAAUGGGUUAAAGGUGGCCUGUGGGAAGAACUAUGAGUUGCUAGCGAGGUAUAUGAGGAAGGAGUUUGAGGAGAAUCAGAUUGAGCAGAUACAUAGGGCAAUAUGCGACCUUCCGACGCUUGAUAUAAAGCUGUACGUUCGCGGCCUUUGGUUCGACUGCGAUCAAGAGCAAGACAAGAGAAUAGCGCAGCCUCCGUCAAGAGAUAUGUGGCUCCCUCUACACGCUGACCAGGAAUACACCUUACUCCUCGAAAUGCAACGCCGCGGCGGCAACCCGAACAACGUGAUUUGUCCGCGGUUCCCGCGCGGGAAGAACGAAGGAUGGUUCGCUACCCUCGGCACCGUAGAGUAUGGUGAAUUGCACGCCUUGAAGCGGCUACCGGCUAGGGGCACCGCUCAGAUCACGUUCUGCACUCCUUCGCAGAGAGGUCGUAUAAUUUAUACAAUCUACAUAUUGAGCGACAGUUACAUGGGGCUUGACCAGCAAUAUGACCUGCAGUUUGAAAUCAUGGAUCCUUUGCCACAGGAAAAUAUAGAAAAAGUAUAUGACAAUAUAGAUAAGACCUUACUUGAGUAAUAUCAUAUUUUUAUGCAAUAAAUUAUUGUUAUUAAAAAAUCUUUUAUAUUAAAUAUGUAAUCUUAUUUA